UUAGUACCGGGCGAUUUCCUCGCCUUACGUAGCGUGGGUCUUUGCUGUUUCGCCUUCAGCAAUCCCGGGCACCGCUGCCGGCCCCCAACGAAGUGCAUCUAGGGAUCCCUCGGCCUCGGCUCUGACGCGGCUGCCCGCCUUGUUUUCCCGCUGAGCCGGCUUGCUCCGCUCCGGGCCGCGUUCCGUCCAUGGCGGAGGCCGCUCCGACCACGGCCUUCGGGCAGGCAGUGAUCGGCCCGCCGGGCUCGGGAAAGACCACGUACUGCCUGGGCAUGAGUGAGUUCCUGCGUGCGCUGGGCCGGCGCGUGGCGGUGGUGAACCUGGACCCUGCGAACGAGGGGCUGCCGUACGAGUGCGCCGUGGACGUGAGCGAGCUGGUGGGGCUGGGCGACGUGAUGGACGCGCUGCGGCUAGGGCCCAACGGCGGCCUGCUGUACUGCAUGGAGUAUCUGGAAGCCAACCUGGACUGGCUGCGUGCCAAGCUCGACCCCCUCCGCGGACACUACUUCCUCUUCGACUGCCCUGGCCAGGUGGAACUCUGCACGCACCACGGCGCCCUGCGCAGCAUCUUCUCCCAAAUGGUGCAGUGGGACCUCAGGCUGACUGCUGUCCACCUCGUGGAUUCUCACUACUGCACUGACCCAGCCAAGUUCAUUUCAGUACUGUGUACCUCCUUGGCCACCAUGCUGCACGUGGAACUGCCACACGUCAACCUCCUCUCCAAGAUGGACCUCAUUGAGCACUAUGGGAAGCUUGCCUUCAACCUGGACUACUACACAGAGGUCCUGGACCUCUCCUACCUGCUUGACCACCUGGCUUCUGACCCUUUCUUCCGCCACUACCGCCAGCUCAACGAGAAAUUGGUGCAGCUCAUUGAAGACUAUAGCCUGGUCUCCUUCAUCCCUCUGAACAUCCAGGAUAAGGAGAGCAUCCAGCGAGUCCUGCAGGCUGUGGAUAAAGCCAAUGGCUACUGUUUUGGGAUCCAAGAGCAGCGCAGCCUGGAGGCCAUGAUGUCUGCGGCAGUUGGAGCUGAUUUCCAUUUCUCCUCCACGCUGGGCAUCCAGGAGAAGUACCUGGCACCCUCAGACCAGUCAUUGGAGCAGGAAGCUAUGCAACUAUAGCAGCAAGCUGGGCCCUGGAGAGCAGGGUGCAUAACCCAGCACUGGGGAAAGUGGAGGCUCCCAGUGAGCAAUGGACAGCUCAGCAGGUUGCAGGCCCAAGAGCAAGUCCUCCCAGCCAGAGCUCGGAGACUGGCAAGGGAACACUCAGCUGUACAAAGGACUUCUGACCAGAAAGCCAAACCGCACCAAGCAGAGCACCCACCACACCCAUCCUCAGUGGUGCCCAUCAGCUCUGGGCCCUGCCACCAAGAAGUUGGUACUGGCCCCACUCGGGCUGUGGUGGAAUGCCCUACAAUACAGGAGUUUGUUUUCUACUUUUUGUGGCUCCCAAGCUUUUCUUCAGCCCUUCAGGCUCAGGAGGUUGGGGCAGAACACGGGACUGUCACCUUCCCUUGGUAGAAUCCUGUUUUUUCAUACAGAUCAGUGUUUCCCCAAAGCACAGGAUCCAUCAUACUGGAGGAUUAACAGUGUCUUCAGUCUUGCAUUUUUGUUCAUAUUCAGUUUUUAACAAUGGUCCUCAAGCUCGAGGCUUCACAGGCAACACUUCCAGCUAGAUCUUAUUAGUGUUUUGUUUCAUUUUGUUUUAUUUGCAUUUAUUUCGUGGUUUUACUCUAUCUUUGUCAGGUGUUAGCUAGUUUUCCAUUUAUAGUAGUGAUUAAAAGUUUACUUCAAAAGUAAGAUUAUUUAUACAGAGUGAGUGGCUUAAAGGGAAAUAUUAAGUAUGAUAGUUGUCAUGAGGGUGUGGCAAAAAUGAAGAUAGCUUGAAGUUGGGAAAUAGGGGCGUUUGCUUCCUCUGCUCUUCUUGUAGUGGGUCGAAUGCAGUUCAUAUUUUCAACCAGCAGGUGGCAACCCAGACUCAUUUUUUGCAUUUGUAACCAAGAGGCAGAAGGAGACUGAUGGCCUGGGGAAGACUUGUGCUGGAGGUUAUUUGCAGACUUUCCAGCCUGCUAACGUACAUGGAGCACUUGGCAUUUUAUAAAGUGCUUCCACAGACAUCAUCCUCAUGCGGUUCUCAUAGCAACCCCUGGAGAUAAACAAGAUGGGGGAUAUUACUAAGCCAUUACCCACUUUACAGUGAGGAAACAGAAAGGAGUUCAAACUUGUGUUAUCCUGACUCUUACAGCCCACUUUGCUGACUGAAUUGUGAGUGUCCCUCCUUUGGCGUACUUAUUGGUGAAAGUCACAGCCCUUAUCCCACAGGAUUUGUAUCAAUCAGGAGAGAAAAUUUAGUCACCUGUAAAGUAUUACUGUAUCAUAAAUCAAGGAGAAGAUAGGUCACUAGGGGUUUGGGCAAUAGAGGAAUUCAGUUUAGUAAAAAUCUGUUCUGAAAUGGCAUUAAAAUGGGGUGACAGCUUUGCUUUCCAGUUUGGGUAGCUAGAGCUGAAGGCAGAGGAGUGAGGGGCUAGGAGGAGGCCACUGGGGCUGGGACAGUAUGAAAGCAGCCAACCUCAGCUCCCACGUCUGGCUGCACAGGGGAUAAUAACUGGGUGCUGCUUCCCCAGCCUCUUUCAUCUGAGGAGUUCAAAGGACCUAACUCCUAUUAACACCCUGCACAGUAGGUGGAAAACACCGACAGAGCAAGCUGGAGAAACUGAGGCCAGGAGGCACAGUCUGGGGCUGAUUGUGAGUCACCUUUGGGUUCUGGAGCCCAGGAAUCCUGACGCCCAAACUGCUAUACAAAUCCCUCAUCGGUGCGUGAGGGUGGGUGCUGUGUUUUUGAAAACAUACCAAUUGCUGGGGUCAUGGGUUUUGAAGACCUUCACAGAGGCCUCAGCUCUCGCCAAAACAAACCAGAUGUGGGGGCCGGAAGGUGUCAUUUAGAACUUUAUUGCCUCAUAUCCAAGCACUCUCAGCAUUUAUUCUCUGCACUCAUGAAGUGGAGAUGGAUGGAAAUAAUCCAGAACUUUAUUUUCAGGCCUGGGUGUGACAGCAAAGGUAUUUUCUUCCCUAAUGAAUAUAGCUUCUAUCUACCUUCCACUGAUAAUAAAACGACUUUCUGUUCUCUGUGUAUACACUAAGGUGAGUGGGAGGGGACAUCACGAUGCAGAAAGGAAGAGUCUGGGUUCCAAGUGAGGCCAGUCCAGUGUGAAAUGUGUAGGGUAAGAGAAGGACCAUUGUCCAACGUGGCUGGCACAUGGCAACCAUCCUUAAGAUUAUUUUUUUCUUUUCCUGAUAAAAAUAGAGAAGUAAAAACUUGGAAAAUGUAAACAGAAAAUAAGUCACCCGUACUCCCAUAAAUAACAGAA